AUGGACACUACUGGCCCCAGCAACAUCUGGGGAGCCCGUACCAACGCCAGCGAUUCCUGGUCCUUCGAUAUCUACGAAGACCCAGUCGACCGCGAAUCACCUCGGCCCCAAAAUCGAGACGCCCAUGCUGAAAAUGGAGAGGAUAAGGAAAAUAUCUUCGCCACUGGCUCCGACUAUGACUCUCCCGUCCGGCCUGAGCCUGAGCCUGAAAACGACCUCGCACGUCUCGCUACCCGCCAGCAGGAUGCAUUUGGCGUCCUCCCUUAUUCCCAGGCUCUUAUUGACAUUGCUUUCCGUGAAGAUGGAGUUUUGAGCCACCCUGCCAGUGAUUCUCCCAGUGUUCCUACCCCCACUGAAACUUUGCGCCCUGCGAUGCGUAUCGAGGUACGCGAGGAAGAAGAAAUAGACUCAGGAGAGGGCUUCAUUGAUUUGGAGGAUACUCUGGAAAGUGGCCAGAUUCGGGAAAUUCAGCACCUGAGUGAUGUUUUUGUCCGUGGUGUCGAAGACCGAAUGGUUCAUGGUCGCCAUUAUCCCAUGCGUGACGAUGGCAAUAUUCAAGGUCCGGCAAACGUCUUCAUGGAGGCUCGCCGCAUUACUCACUACCAGCGCCACCAGAGCCGCCGGGCAAACUUCGAGGCUGACGAAUAG